UGGGGUUAGUGUGUGUAUGUGUAUGUGUGUGUAAGUACAUACACAAUUUAUACAUACAGACACCAAUUUAAUGAAGAAAAGAUCAAAUCUUGAAAUCACACAAGAAAUCGUCAGUCCCAAAAAACCAAUAUUCCAAAAAAAGCAAGAAAAUUUGUUAAGUUUUUCCCAAUUCACAUUAACAAAAUCAUCAAAAUCUUCAUCUUCUUCAGAGAUGAUUUCAAAAGCUACAAAACCCAUUACAAUUCAUGCAUCUGCUCAGUCCGGCGAUCUCUCCGGCGUCCAGAAACGUCUCCGGGAGAACCCUUCUCUCAUUAAUGAUCGCAACCCUGUUAUGGCAAAUACACCCCUUCAUGUAGCUGCUGGUCAUAACAGUGUUGAAGUGGUCAAGUUUCUUUUGAACUUGACUGAGCCUGAAACUGUUGAGUUGGAAGCAAAGAACAUGUAUGGAGAAACUCCGUUGCACAUGGCUGCUAAAAAUGGUUCUAAUGAAGCUGCUGCGCUUCUUCUCUCUCAUGGGGCUUCUACCGAAGCCAAAGCAAAUAAUGGAAUGACUCCAUUGCACCUUUCUGUUUGGCACUCUUUGAGAGCUGAGGACAGCUCAACUGUAAAGACAUUGCUAGAGCAUAAUGCUGACUGUAGUGCCAAAGAUGAUGAAGGUAUGACUCCUUUGAAUCAUCUAUCACAAGGACCAGGAAACGAGAAGCUGCUGGCACUCCUCACCUCUUACUUAGAAGAGCAGAGAAAACGUAGAGCCAUUGAAGCAUGCAGUGAAACAAAAGCUAAAAUGGAUGAGCUUGAAAAAGAAUUAUCAAAGUUAGUGGGCCUCCAUGAGCUUAAGUUACAACUUAGGAAAUGGGCUAAAGGGAUGCUCUUAGAUGAAAGGCGAAGGGCCCUUGGUUUAAAAGUGGGAAUCCGAAGACCACCUCAUAUGGCCUUCCUUGGCAAUCCUGGAACAGGUAAGACCAUGGUAGCUCGGAUCCUUGGAAAAUUACUUUUCAUGGUUGGGAUUUUACCAACUGACAAGGUAACAGAGGUACAAAGAACUGAUUUAGUUGGAGAAUUUGUUGGUCAUACCGGGCCCAAGACUAGAAGAGUGGUAAAAGAAGCUGAAGGCGGGAUUUUGUUUGUGGAUGAAGCAUAUCGAUUAAUACCCAUGCAAAAGUCUGAUGAUAAAGACUAUGGGUUAGAAGCUCUUGAAGAGAUUAUGUCAGUUAUGGAUAGUGGUAAAGUAGUAGUUAUCUUUGCUGGCUAUAGCGAACCAAUGAAGCGCGUUAUCUCUUCCAAUGAAGGUUUCUGUAGAAGAGUGACUAAAUUUUUCACCUUUGAUGACUUUAGUACCGAUGAUUUAGCCAAUAUUCUUCAUUUAAAAAUGGAUAAUCAAACUGACGGCAGUAUAUUAUACGGGUUCAAAUUGCAUCCUUCAUGUACAGCUAAAACUCUGGCAAAUUUAAUAGAGAAAGAAACAACUGAGAAACAAAGGAAGGAGCUGAAUGGAGGUUUGGUUGAUCCUUUGUUAGUCAAUGCUCGUGAGAAUUUGGAUUUGAGGCUUAGUUUCGAAUGUAUGGACACCGAUGAAUUGUUGACAAUCACAUUAGAAGAUUUACAAAGCGGGCUCAGGUUAUUUUCAAAAUGACAAGGAAAAAGUCAUUUUCUUGUCUAUCUUAAUCCUUCAAAAUUAAAGGUGGCUCGUUUUGUUGGAUGUGUGUUAUUGUUACAGUCUUUAUGAUGUAUAAUUCAUUUUAUAUUUGCAGAAAGGUGUAGAAAAGAUUGGUAAAAAGAUGAAUUUUGUAUUUAAUUGUAAUUUUUAUAGCAGCCAUUCAAGGAAGUGGUGGAAACAAUGAACUUGUAACUUAAGUAUAAUGAAGUUGCUAAUUUAUUA